AGAAGAAGGGGCAAAACGAAGUUGAAGAAGAAGCAGAGCGCUGUUCCGCAGCCAAUUAUUUUCUGAAUUGAAUUGCGAAAAACCCUUAUAGACUACCCCAUUCGGAAAAAGGAGCACCGUAACUGCAGUGGCGCACCUCCGGAAUGGCCACGGAGCAGCAGCAUCACCAGCAGCGCGUCCUCAAGCAAGAUGGCUACUUGGAUUUGGGCGAUUGUAAUAGCGCUCCUGCUAGACCCUUCGAGAUGCGCAACGUCGUCUAUCACUCGCAAUUAAAUGUCCUCCUGCUAUUUGAUAGCAGCACGGUGAAGGUCCUGGACGCCAAUUCCGGAGUGAUCCUGCAGACGUACCAGCUCAGUUCUAAUGGCGAUAGCAUCGUUCAGGGUCGUUAUAUGCCCCUGCAAGAUAAGAUCUUAUUUUGGGAUGGACAUAAUCUGGGACUGCGAGGCGAUUACAACGGUGUCUUGCUUCUGGAUACCAUUCUUCAGGCGCCAAUUGGCCAAAACGACGACUACAUCAAACUAGAGAUCAUCCUCUCCGAGGCGAUCAUUUUCCAGAACUGCAUCACCGAACUGGAAAGCGAGGGUCUGGAGUGUCCGUGUGACAUAAGCAACGAGUUAACGCAGAAGAUAAACCAGGCGCAACUUAAUGCUAAGAAGGGUAUCAAGGCCCAGCGGUGGAAUACAAUAUGUCUCGAGGUGCCCUAUUCCAGUCUAAAGCUGGUGUCCAAUAAUGUGGUCAUUCUACUAAAGCGCCUGGAGCGCCACAUUCCUGUGCUGGCUAUCGCUUCCGCCAUUAAUGAACGUCUUACUGACAUGCUUAUAGGCUCCCGGGUGCCGGACUUUGGCUGGAACUUUAGCAACUUCCAGCGCGUACUGAUGCACUCGGAAGCAGUGCGCCGCCAGACGUUCGAGAAGUGGCCUCAUAUGGACUACAAAUGGGCACUGCCCGAUCAGAUGGCCCAGGCCGGGUUCUAUCAUCAGCCAUCAUCAUCUGGCGAGGAUCGCGCAAUGUGUUUCACCUGCAACGUGUGUCUUGUCUGUUGGGAGAAGACAGAUGAGCCGUGGAGCGAACACGAGAGGCACUCCCCGCUCUGCCCCUUUGUCAAGGGCGAGUACACACAGAAUGUUCCGCUGUCCAUAACCUAUGCCACCAACCCUGCGCUACCAGCACCGGGAUUAGGAUUCGACAUUAUAUCCAAUAGUGAUUACGCAAAUGUGCUAUGCACGAGUUGCUCGCAAACGGGAGAGCUGAGCGUUUGGAGCAUUGAACGUCACCUGAAGCUGAUGUACAGCUUCCAUGUUCCGACCCUGCUCAAGGACGUUUUUGAAGAAAGCUUCGAGUGGGCGCGGGUUACCGCCAUAUGUGUUCUUCCGAAUGCUCGAGCCCGCACCAAGGUAAACUAUGUGUAUUCGGCGGCAAAUUAUGGUGGAACAGGAAGCAGUAGUGGUGCGGGAUCCCAUUCGGGAUCAAAUGCCGUAUCUAGUGGAAAGUUCGGUAGUGUAAAUGCACAGCAUAUCACUUCCACUUCCACGCUUCGGGCUGGAGUAGUUGGAUCUAAGAUUGUUCUAGGAGUCAGCGUGCGCCAAAGCAGCGGUGAGCUAGCCCUGCGCAUGGUUGUGCUCAACAUUUUGGAAGUAGAACGAAGCACUGAAACCUCAGCGAGCGUCAGCAAUGACACCGGCAGCGUUUCUAGCGUCGGCGGUCAGUUAAUGAAGUCCUCAUCUCCAAUGGUUAACGUGACCAGCGAUAAUAAUCCCGCCGUGACACAAGUGAAUCUCGAGUCAAAAGAUGAUGAUAACAAGGCUAUGACUCCGUAUGAAAAGUUCGCCGAUGGCUUCGAUAGCAACGGAUUUGUGUCCGCUCUGAUGACAUACAACAAGAACAAUGGAGUUAGCCAGAACACCGACGAUGCCUCCGUUCUCUAUGAUUUUGAUUUGUGCACCUUGUCUCAGAUCAUGGAUCACAAUCUGGAGGAGCCGCUGAGCUUGAUGGUCGGAUCCAAUACGGUUAAUGUUAGUAAUCUUGGGAUGGGCAAUGAGAUCGAUAAACUUGUCGAGGAUGCCGAGAUGACCCACCAGAACAACAAUAAUAAUAAUAAUAACAACGAGGGCAACUCUUUGGGUGGAAAUUCCUCUAAUAACAACAAUAACAUCAUGAUCAACGGAAGCACUAACAGCAACAGUGACAAGAUGACGGCCACCGAGGAGAUAGACUGUGUGGUCGAGAGUUGGACAAGUGUGAAGCGCAUGAAUGCCUUGGAUGGAGCCAAUAAUGGGGAGAAUGGAAUCGCCCAUUCGGCUCAAGAAAUCAUCGAGAUUGCCGAAAUCCUGCCUACUACUCCCAAAUGCAAUCAGCUACUGGUCAAAUUGCUGCGUACCAAGGCACCGGAGACAGAGGGCAGUAAGAUAAUCAUGGCCACAGUGGCUAAGGAAGAAGAGGAGGAGGACGAGGAGCAGCGGGUGGACGAAUCAAUGGAUACAGAUAACAACGCCGAGGGAAAUGUGGCGGCUCAGCUCUUGGUAUUCGACUACGAUGAUACUCAUAUAUCCAACGAUUACACCCUGGCCAUGACCUUUAGUCGGGCCAAAUGUCCUAAACAACUGUGUAUUCUUCCUCAUUUCAACUCCUCUCCAGAGCAUAAGGAUGCCGGUUCCAUAUGCGUGGUGUGUGCAGAUGGUAGCGUAGAGAUUUACUCUCUAGCCGACUUUCAGGGCACCAUGGUGAUUGAGGAGGAGGGCGAACACUUUGAGUCUGUGGUUUAUUGCCGAAACCUGGAUAGACUAUGUUGUUGCUCACGCCAGGGUGGUCUGCUCUUCUACUCGCUGAGCGAGGGGGAGAACGACUCCGGUGAUGAACUAUUAGAGAUGGAAGAUGACUGCAGCACGACCUUAACACAGGCUGCAGAUGUUAGUGUUACGGACGGUGCGCGUCACGUAGGAGGUGCUGACGUGCUGGGCAAGACCCUGGUCGCCAGUGACUCCAUUUGCGUGGAUGUUGGCAGUGAGGCAGCAGCAGUCUUAAACACCCAUAGCGCUGCACAGGGUGUCCAUGUACAGACAUCGCCAUCGGCGGCCACCGCAGCUGUAAGCAACGCCAACCUGCUUGCUUACAAAACAGCCGACCUUACCCUCGAAGACCUUAGGGUAUUUUAUGCCCUCACUCAGUUUGAUGACAAGCUGACCGUCUACUCAGCUGAAGUGCCCAGUUGUUGGAACGAUCUCGGACAGGUGCAAAAGCAACGUAAACAGUCUCAGAACAUGCGGCACGGGGGCGACGAAAGGGAUUUCUCCCGUACGUGGCGACUCCACAACGAUGCAACUACCUGGGACGAACACAUUAUAGAGCUCAACUUGGCUCAACCCGUUUCUCUAGGUCACAUCGAUCUUAAGUUCACGGUCUAUCAGCAAUGCUCAAAUCCUGCAGCGAUUCAAGUCACGCUGCUGAAACAGAACACAAAUGGAUUUGGCUACCGAAUGAAGGGACCUCAUUCCAGUUACAAGCCCAAUGUCAUCGAUGACAACAUUGAUCUCUCUUAUAUUGCCAAUGAAAAUCCCGUGCUUAGUGAAGAGUAUUUAUUAGCCCAUAAUGCGGAGGUUUUGGCUGGUCCUAUCGAACUAUCCUCAUGCAUCGAUCUUUGUGAUCAGGGAGGCACAGCCACGCUCACCUCCCCGAAAUUGUUCAAGACGCGCAGCAGGAACUUCCUGUUGCACAUCAAAACCGUUUCAGAUCCAUCAAAGGAUGGACAAAACAAGACUAGAGGCUGCGACUGGUUGCAUGAAAUCUCCAUUAGCGUGCGCGCGGUCAAGUCUCACAGUCGGAUCAGUAAUGGCCGGAUGCAGCGCAUUGCUAUGCUGGAGAGCAAUGUGUUGCUGGUGCAGCUGCUGCGCAUCGCCAGUGAUCCAGCUGCCAGCCCGUUGGCCAAGAAUCUGUCGCUCGACGUGCUAAACUGGAUAUGCUUCAUCAGGCUAAACCGUUUCCGUUCACCCAAGUCGGAAAGGCUCAAGGAUCAGAUUAACAAACAAACGGCAGCAAAUAUUCAGGAUCUCCUGGCGCAGCAAUUCGAGUGCAUUUCCCUAGCUGAGAAGCAUAUCGAACAGUUGUUGCGAAAUUGCGUUAUCUACAGCGAACGGAGUACAGCCCACAAAUGUGUGAAGCUGCUAAUUAUGUUGACAGAAGGUGCAACCAAUCUGCCGGCAGAGGUCCAGGACCACACAACGCUAGACUAUAGUUUUAAGGCUGCGAUUGCCAACACAUUUCCGGAGCUACCUCGCGCGCAGUGCGGGAGCGUUGUGCGUUGGUACAUGAUGCUCACCUGCGCCACAUCUACAGCCGAGUCCCACAACAGCAUCUCCGAACAGGCGAUAAAUCUGUUGAAAGAUAUUACUAGCGAAAUUGAUAAGCGUUGGGAUCCACACUGUGCGCUGCUUAGCACUCGAUUUGGUCUCUACGGCUAUCCCUUUGAGCCAGAGAUCUUUGAUUUCGACUUUCCUAAUGUCAGCAGGCAGGGACCCGGCCCUUCGGUGGCUCUCACUAAUGUGAUACGCAACAGUUCAACAAUUCUGCCGGUGACUGGGCUGGAUAUCAAACGAUUAAGCUCCAUAGAUGGAGUAGAUUUCCGCACGUUUCCAUAUCUGAUCAGAGGAAAGAGCAUUAGCAACCAACUGCGUGGAUUGUUAGAGGUUGUGCAGCUUCACUUUAAUUGCGUGCAAGCCUCUGAGGCCACUCGCAUCGACAACAUCGAUAGCGUUGGUGGAAAUUCAGCUGCCACUGUGGUAAUUGAUGACGUGAUGAUGAUGCCAAAACUAGUAGUGGCCAAGGAGAAAGGCGAGGAAAUGCUUAACGAUCUGGUCAAUGAUGUGGAGUAUCUGGUAGAGGAAAUGAAGGGAAAGCAAGGCAAGGUCGAUUAUGAUGCGUUUGGCUUGGUUAAUGGCUUCAAGGAUAAAACAACAUCUCUUAAGGUCUCACUCGAAAAUGCCUUGAAAGAAGAGGUUAAAAUAGAAAAAGCUGCUAUGAUGGACAAAAUAAAAAUAACCAAGUUUCUGCCCAAAUUGUCCCUACUUGAAAGCUAUAUGCAAAAAAAGAUAAACGAGCAUAUUUCUUUCGAUGACUUUGGUAAAUUGAUAAAUACGGACGGUGACAUAACGCCACCAUUUCCAACGGCAAAUUUGGCUUCCGUUGAAGGGCUAGAAUCAUCUACUGAAGGUUCUUCUAUUGAGACCGGUUCAGUGCAACAGACGGCAUCAACAGGUUGUAAUAUACUGGACGAUACCGCGGAAAGCGAGAAGAUCAUGGAGAACCUAAACAGCAAUCCUUGUCAGCCGAUAGCCUGGCACAAGUUAAUUACUCCUCCGCCUAAGCAGAUGAUUGUCAUCGAUCGGAUGCACUCAGGUGCUAGACGAUUUGUUGUGCUGGACUUUGGCCAGCACAUUCUGCUCACAGAUCUGGUGAUUCCAUCGUGCGAUGAACUAACUUCCUUAAGUAUCGACAUCUGGUGUUUUGACGAGGAGACCGAUUGUACACGGUUGGUGCAAGUAAAUGACAUCCAGACCAAAACGCUUGUGCUCAGCGAUAUUCAGCCGGCACCAAUUUGCCGGUAUUUAAAAUUAACCAUCAUUGGCCGUAUUGGCAUGUCAACCACCAAAUGCAAGGUACCCUUAGGGCGGUUCUUUGGUCAUCCCGUAGUCCUAGAGCACGAUGGUUAUGGGGAUCAGCUUAUGAGGUUCAUAAAGUAUCCCACGCAGAACCUUCAAUCGCAAUUAAAGUCACUAAAUGCGCUGUACGAGGAUGUACACUGCCGUUACAGCUUGGCUAGCUGUAAACUGAUGGAUAUCCUUGCUCCCAUGCGGAAUAGUGAGCUGUCUAAUGUGGCCCACCUUCAAGCCUUUAUCAACAAGCAGCGCGACGAGGAGCUAAGUGGCCUAGAUAACAAUAAUAAAGUGGUUUCCCUGUACGAUGAAUGCAUGCUUUUGCAGUACCAGAUCAAUGUGAUCCGAAACGUGGUUCUACGCCUAGAACGAGCUAUUACUCCUAACGCGAUAAGUAAUACACCUCUUCCGGAAGAGCCGAUUCCAUUAACGGAGGAAAUGCUGCGCAAUGCUUCGAGGGACAAGUUGCGUGUGCUCAGUCUGAGUUUGGUGGAAGUGCUACUGCACUUCUCUAUCGAAUAUGGAAUUAAGAACAUCCUGCCCGUCCAUCAGAAAUUUAAUGCGGCCACGGCGAAGGCUUUGUUUAACUCGCUGGUGGUUUACGGUGAUGCCCAGUUGCAGUUGGCUACCUGUUCGUUGCUCGUGCGGAUGUGCUGUUUCCAGCCGUGGUGGGGAGACUUUCUCGCCGAUACCUUUUGCAGUCUUUUCUCAGCUCAAAAUUGCAAGGCUUUUCCCCAAGAUCGCAUUUUCUUUUUGCUUACCUAUCUGGGACGUCGCAGCAUUGCUAUGGGUGCGUGCCGAUCUAUUGUGAUCGAUGCCGUGCUUAGGACGCUUGUCAAACUGCUGGCACCUAUCUCACCGCACUACAAAUACCAGUCGGAGCAGCCCAGUACGUCGGCUAACGCUGCUGAUCGCAAUGGAGCAAUGGGGACCACAUCGGAUCUUCAGCUGAUUACCUGGUUGCUACUCUUUUUGUCAGUUUGUCUGGACGAUAACGAGCGCAAGGAUAAAUCAGCUGCUCGCUGGGACUUUAUGAGCUGCGAGAGCGACUUCACCAAGACAAGACCCAGUAACACUCCCAACAGCAAACAGCUGCGUUGCUUUAAAAAACGCAUCCUACAGCAAAACAAGUACUCCGUGCAGCCUUAUACGGACUGGGGAAAGAAAAUAUAUAUGAUACAGAAUGAGCAUCCUGGCAUUUUCAUGGAGCUCUCAACGAAAUCAAAGGGUACUGGACCUACUAAGUCGUCCACUAAUGUUAACAAGAUCAAUAUUGGACCGUCUGGCCUCUGUGUGGGUGGUAGUGGUUCCAGUAGCAAUGCAACUAAGAGUACCGCAGCGUCCACUUCGUCUCCGAAGCACCAGGAUACCACAGGAAAUGAUGGCGAGCGCGACAGCAACUUUGACAAGGGACUAAAGACACUUCGAAUGGCUAAUAUCAAGGUUGUUAUUCGCGGACUCUUUGCUUUGUUGUUGGAAAUGGACUUCGAUUGCAACAUGGACCAGUUUUUGCUAACCUGCAAGGUAAUCGCCCGUCUGGUGGCCGCAUGUAGACCGUCUGUUCAGCUAUGCAAGAUUGUGACCACUGCCCAGCUGGAACAACUUGUGCGUCUAGCCGUGUGGAAUGAUCAACAACAGCCCUGGGCUGUCCACGCCAUUACUUGUUUGCUUCAGGAUCUUUUGGAUGCGGACAAACAGUUCAGGGACAAUGAUGUGACGCCCACUAACGAUACACCACGUACCAUGGAAGCAGCAGUGCAGGAAACAAGAGAUCUAUUCAGCGACUAUAGCUCCACUGCUUCCUCGUGCACUGAGGUACAAUUUGAGAUGCUGAUGCCGACAGCAAGAGAAUUUUAUCAAGAGGCCGUCAAAUAUAAUUAUUUACCAUCAUUGAUUGAGUGCGAUGACACUGAAUUCGACGAAAUGCUUAAUGACAUCGACAUGAUCGAGCGAACGAAGCCAGUGACCAAGAAGGAGAGCAAUGCCCUUUGCAAGAACACCUUCAACUUCUUCUGCAAGUCUAUAUCCAUUGCAUUAGAUUCUCGAUUGGAUGUGGGGUUGGAAUUGCAUGUAGAAACUCAGCUUAGAAGGCUUACGAAUCGCACCUCCCUGGAUCUCUACACCUCGUUACCUCAGGUGUUGACCAAUGAGUUCGUCUCUCCGCCACCUGAGGCUGCUCCUUGGCCAGAGUACUUAACGCAACUUUGGUCGGGUACGGAAUACGAUGGUCGAAACACCUACGUGAUGUUCAAAAAAGUCUUUGACUCAAUCCUUGCGGACUUACACUACGAGGACACGUGGGUGCAUCUGGAGCAGGUGUUGCAGAUGUGGCUAACGCUGAACUGUGAGCUUUCGGACAAGCCAUAUACCAGUGGUAUAACCAACACGGAUGUACCGAAAAUUCCGUUUGGGGCGAACGCUGUUCAGGGACUGCUACUGGCGUUAGCUUGGCACAACGAUAUCAAAUUGCGCACCUGGUGCUUGGGAUUUCAGUGCCUGUUCCUUGCGUGCAACUCACUGCCUAUUGGCGAGGAUGCGGAUUGUACUCGUAUCAAUGAGGUUAUUGUGAAUGAUGAGAACUUUGAAAAGAUGCUGCUGCGGUUCUUCUCUGGUUAUGGAAUGAGUUCAUCUAUCAUUACCAACCGAUGUGCUGGACCAACAAUUUGCAAGCACCUCCAUGAACUGCUGCUGUGGUUGCACAGCAAAAGUGAGACGAGUGGCAUUCCUUGCAAGCGCCGGCUAAAGGACAUUUUGUUGCACGUCGUCCUCCAGUUGGUACAACCUGGUGGCGCUAUUAGCAACCAGCAGGGACCUAUCGAUGCUCAGAACCAAUUAGUUCGUGAUCUGUUAAUGAUGCCUAACGACAAGGGAGAUCUCAACAUAGCGCUCAAGAUCACCGAAAGUGUUUCUUUCCUGGUGUACAAUAACAUUUCCAAUGGCGAGAAACUGCAGUGCCAGCGUGGAAAUGAAAACAACACUGCUGGAAACAACUUUAGCAACUUGUUUGCCAAUGUUUUGGGAUCGGAGAAUCCCACCAAGCAGAAUGUCACAAUCUGUGACAAUUCGCUUAUCAUAAAUCUGCUGAAACUUUCCUCACACAUGGUUCUAACGGAGAUGCCCAGACAGCCAAGUGAGGUUACCAUUCCCGAAGAGGAAGAACUGUCCAAUCAAAGUCAAACAGAUGAGAUAAAAGCGGAGCAAUUGAAUACGGAAGGACAUCGCAGCAAAGUACCAUGCAUAGCAGAUUGGGUGCUGCGUCAUUUUCCUACUAUGAAGCGCCUCUUUGGAACGCUGUCACAGUGUUCUACAAACACUUUCACAAUGAUGUCAACUGGAUGUUUUUUCUCACUGAAGUCCAACAUGGUUUUGGAUGAUCCGCAGACAAUCGCAGAUGCCGUCUUUAGCUUAAUGAUAACGCUCAGCGAUAAGGCUUCCAAUCCUCGCCUUGUUGUGGCUCCCAUUUGCCAAUAUCUGGAAGAAACCACCAUUCAAAGGAAUGCGACGCUGCCACGUCUGCCGCUUUCGGAACCCUUCCUCUGGUACAUCUCAAAAGUCCUAGAGGUCACCGCGGCUGUUCAAACGUUUACUCAGCUGGGUGGAAUUCAGAUAAUCUGUCACAAUUUGGUGCGACUCAAUAAGACGAUUAUAAACAUGCAGCCGGGACUGAUCUCUUUAAUCAUGCAGCAUUUGACGCGCAAUACACGCUUUAAGCGGAAUAGUCAUGUAGCGGCAAAUAAUGCGUGCAAAAAGACAACGACUGGUACCGGGACAACAUGUGCAGCGACAGCACAGCCGCCGAGAAGUGGUGCUCAGUACGAUGGACUAAUCAAUUUUGCCCCCUUCUCGCACAUUGUCUCUGAAAACGAUGCGGCUCAAAGUGCAGAGGUUUUAAUAUCCAACCCCAAUAACUCACAUCGAAGGCCACGAUCGCCUGCCUGGAGCUACAUGUUUUAUCCAAAUGAGACGCACGUUGAUUUGACUAUCACGCUGCCCACAGCGAUUCUGUUGAAAGAGGUGCAGCUGGUGCCGCAUACAACAAGUCUAGCGUCCUGCCCUUCGGCUGUGGCGCUGGAGUUGUCAAGAGAUUAUGGCCUGGGCUCUAUUCCAGUUGGUGCACCCAUGGCCACCACUGGUCUGACCUGCAUCAGGUUAAAGUUGGCCAAAGCGGAGGUGGCUACCAGCAUUGUUUUGAGGCUGUACAAACCCAAGGAUUGUGGAAAUGUGGGCCUUGUACAGAUCGCUGUGCUCGGCCAGACGAUCUUUGGGAAUCGCAUGCAGGGUCUUCGUACCCCCAGUCCAUUUAUCGACUCCCUAGCAUCGUGCUCCUCGCCGUUGCAGACGGCAGCUUUAGCCGCAAUGGACGCGGAUGCGAUGCUUGAGGACGAUGCCUUUGCCAAAACGAGCAUUGGCUGGGUGCGGAUUCUGUCUCGUUGCUUCCACGUGGCCGCCUUGCAACCAGAUAGUAAGCUGGCGGAUCUGAUCGCUGCAUACCCAGCUGCAUAUCCUGGCUUCCUAGAGGCCUGCUGCUCGCUGCUAAAUAUAAUGCCAAUGAUUCCCAGCCUUGCUCAGCAACACCUAGAGACCAUUUUGUUGAAAUUAAGUGCUUAUAAUCACGAGAUCAGUUUGCAGUUGCUGCGGACCCUCCUGUGGCACACCACUCCGCAAGUUUUCAAACUCUCCAGCGAUGCGGUGUGCGAUCUCAUCCACGAAGUGGUUACCGGCUCCACAGAGCAUAUACUAGACAAAUUGCGUGUACUGAUCGACUGGGUGAUGCAACUGCACGAUAACUAUAGUAAGCAGGCGCGGUGUAAUAAUCCACAAAGCGGAUUUAUUAAGGUGAUUGCUUCCAUUCUGUGGAAAGUGCAGACACAGCAGCAACUACCUGAGCUACCACUUCUCAUCUCAUCGUCGUUGUUUGAGACCUGUUUCGAAUGGGUAUCGUCGCUAGAACACGAUGAGCCCCUAAAGAGUAGUUUUGACUCAUUACUGUGUGCUUUGUGCUACAUUAAGCCUGAGUUGUUCAAUCAGCUGUUAGUCAAGUUGGGUGUAAAAUUAGAGCCCCCAGCACGAGGCCAGACUGACGACAGCAAGGUCCAAAGCGGCAGUGCCUGGUUCCGGCGUGAGGGCAGCGAGAAUCUAACAAUUUUACUGCAGCGUCCCACAUUCCUGAAGACUCUGGCCCUGGCGUGCCAGUCUCCGGCGGCAGUUUAUCAGAUGCUAGACUCCGGACUGCCUAAGCUUUUGGCCCACGCCAUUUAUGAGUAUUGCAUGCACCUUUUGCCUGGAUCAGAGUCAAUAGCUUUUUCAGCCAAAGUCCCUACGGGAGGAGAGGAAGCUUCAGCUAACAACCAGGCAGCUGCCCCAGCCAAUGAUGAAGACUCCUCGUUAACGGACUUUGACAAAGCCGAAGCAAAUGCAGGCAAUAACACUCCACUGCUUAGUAGCUCGAAUGUGCCAAAAGUUCUCGAUUUCUUUGCUGAGUGCUGUGCCGAAGGUCCUAUGCGAGAUUGGCUAGGUACCAUGCAGGGAUCUGUUUUCUGGAAGCCAUUACUGCAGCUGCUCUGCAACACUCAUGCCGCCCAAUUUAGCAAGACACUGCCCAUGCAGCAAUCAUUCAUCCGCUUGGAAAGGGCCACCAUAAACUUCUUCACGCGUGUAAGCGCGUGCCAUCCUGGCAACCAGGAAGUGCUCACAUCGCUGCUCAUCGGAGCCAUAAUUUGCAAGCCAUUGAGAUCUUCGCAUGGAGUUCGGCCCACUAUCUCUGGAUUUACCAGACAGCUGGUGCUGCAGCUCCUUCUGGAGAACGAACACAUCACCGUCUCUGUGAAAAGUCAGCAGCCUUUACAGCGAAGAGACACUCUUUCUGCGAUCUUGGGCGGUAAUUCAAGUGGUGCCAGCACUAGUUUACCGGUGGCAGCCGUCAACAACCAUCCGGCCAAGCGUAGCAGUGCCCACCACAUGUUGUUCACAGUGACCACUAGCACUACGUGCCAGGAGAUUAUGCAGAAUUGCGUUAGUGUGUAUAGUAACCUAGUUUAUCAACAACCAACAGAUCAACGAGCCUUUGAGGCUUCGGCCUCUGGCAGUGGCGUCUCCAGUGCAACAGCCAAGUCUAGUGAUAGCAAACUGGAUAAGAAUAGCUUCCUGAACUUCAACAACGUGGAGGCGGGCAGCAUGGAAUUUCUUACCGUCGGAGCCGCUGUAGCAGCCAAGGACAAGCGCAUAAAAGAUGCCAAAAACCAGGCAGCGAUGAACAAGGACAAGGAGACUCAGACCAGCACCAUGAAUAUGCCAUCCAAUAUUUUCAACGUUGAGGAAUUCUUGUUGCAAUCAGCGAAUGCCGCUAAUGGCAACCAGUUGGUCAUACCAGAGUAUUCGGAUAUUUUGUUGGCUGGAGAUGCCACCAUAUCGCAGGUGUUGGCCACGCUUCAGGAUGCGGGGCACUCGCUGUCCACGCCCUGCAUAUCGCUCGACCUGGUUCCCCAACAGCGAGCAGAUGAUGCGAGCGAUGCAAAAAAAACAAAGGCUGUCUGCACUGAGCCCUUGCCAUCACCAUUGCAACGAUUUUCCAGCAGCGGCGGCCUUUCGUUAUUAGCCCACUACCUGCCCACUGUCUAUCCGGAGCACUCUGGCCGUAAAACAACCUUGGUGGUUAGCGAGAAGGAAAAGAGUCCACCGCUUUCUGACUGGGUCAAGCUAGAGCCGAAUGAUGAGAUUUACGAGGAUCUAGAAGACACCAUCUGUGAGCCGGCGGCAAAGCAAGCGACGGUCAGUUCGGUUCCUCAGCACUCGCUUGCCGCAUUUGGUUUAUUCCUGCGACUUCCCGCCUACUCUGAUGUAUUGUUAAGGGACAAGAUGCGAGCGCAGUGCCUGCUCCGUUUAGUGCUAGGAGUCACUGGAGACGGCGAAGGCAAUGAUAUAUACAGCCUGUCCCUAGCACCAUCUUUGCCAACAUUGCCUUUCGAGGUCUUCCGGCAGCUUCUAGAUAGUGUGCCGUUGUCAACCGACGAUGGCGUGUUGCUCCGCCGAGUGGUCAUCGAAGUGGGGGCCAUGCAUCUAGUUCUCAACUGCCUAGGUAUAUUCUCGCAUCAGUCGCACAAUAAUAGGAUUGGAGCUCCGAUCAGUGAUCCGUCACCAAGUGGAGCUAGUAAUGGAAGUGGCAACAUUGGCAAUGGAAGUGGAAACGGAAAUGCAAAAGUCAAUGCUCCAGAGGAGGCUACGCCCAGUGCAACGUCGGACGACAAAAGCCAUAUGUACUGGGCAAAGGGUACGGGUUUCGGCACGGGUUCCACUACCCAGUCGUGGAAUGUGGAGCAGGCGCUGCUACGGCAAAAGAGCGAGGAGGAGCACGUUACAGUUUUAUUGCUUGUGUUGGCGAGUUACAUAAAUCCUGGUGACUGCAUCCCAAGUGACAUGUGCGGAGAGGACAUUCUGGCAUAUCAUGAUGUCAGAGAUGUUACCGGCGAGUUGCCGCCCAUCUUCCAAACCCUUCUGCAGCAGUCUUGCCUGAUCCCCGCCCUCAGCUCAUAUCUGCGCAACGAUUCCGUGCUAGACAUCACGCGCCACAUUCCGCUGUACCGUGCCAUACUAAAGCUUCUGCGUGCUCUGUCGCUUUCCAAGAUGCUCGUCUCAUUGCUUCAACCGGCGGCUAGUGGAGGUGGAGAAAGCACACCACCUAUAGUUGAGCUGCUCACAAACAUGAAGACCUGCGUGGACACCUACGCCAAACGGCUCAAAGUCAACAAAAAGUCGAACAUCAAGGGCCAGACACAUCAGUUGACUUUCAACAUCGAUGAUGGUGACGAUGAAGGAUUAGCUCUGCUCAUUCCGGACAUCCAUGAAACAAGUGUUCUCGUGCAGAAGACCACCGAUGCGGAUGCCUUGAUCAACAUGCUGCACACCAACGAUGACGGUAGCGGGCAGCUAGAGCCGCUGAGUAAAUCCAUUGAACAGCGCUACCUGGAGCUCAUGAAGAAGCGUCAGUUCGAUACGUUUGAUAUGAUCGUUGAGUCGGACAACAACAGCUUCCGGUUUGUGGUAUCGCACCAUUUUGAAAAGAUGGUUCGGCUCGCCGGCGAUCGCUACCAUCCGUCACGGGUCAAGCGACUCGCCCAGGAGGCGGUCACACUCUCUACUAGCCUGCCCCUCAGCUUUAGUAGUUCUGUAUUUGUGCGCUGUGAUACUGAUAGAUUGGACAUCAUGAAGGUCCUCAUCACUGGACCGGCGGACACGCCAUAUGCCAAUGGAUGCUUCGAGUUCGAUGUUUUCUUUCCGCCUGACUAUCCCAACCAACCGAUGCUCAUCAACCUGGAGACCACGGGACGCCAUUCGGUGCGCUUUAACCCCAACCUCUAUAAUGAUGGCAAGGUAUGCCUGUCUGUUCUUAACACCUGGCACGGUCGGCCCGAGGAGAAGUGGAAUGCCCAGACAUCCAGCUUCCUGCAGGUGCUCGUCUCUAUCCAGUCAUUGAUUCUCGUCCCUGAGCCCUAUUUCAAUGAACCGGGCUUUGAAAGAAGUCGUGGCACUCCGAGUGGAACUAACUCGUCGCGGGAGUACAACAGCAAUAUUUACCAGGCGUGCGUGCGAUGGGCGAUGCUGGAGCAGAUACGCAACCCAAGUCAGUGCUUUAAAGAUGUCAUACACAAGCACUUCUGGCUAAAGCGCGAAGAGAUCUGCGCCCAAAUCGAGGGCUGGAUCGAGGAGCUGGGUAAGCCGCAGUACACCGAGAGGGCUAGUCGCACUAUCUCAUUUAACUCAAUGGUUCUGCGCCGACACUAUCGCCACCUACGGGAGGAGUUGUCGAAGCUGAAGCCACCACGCGGCCUUGAGGAUCUAGAUGCGCCCUUUAAUCCAGUGGCCACCCUGCCGCCGAUGGAUGUGUCCGCGGCACCUGCAGCUGCACCCACAAAUACCGCCCAGGUGGGAACGGAUGAUGCCAUAGUGACGGAAUUGAAUUUGCUUGGCGAGAAUGCAGAUGAUUGCGAGGCUGAAGGCGAUGCCGAAGGAGACGGCGAUGUGGAUGAGGGCUUUAAGGGAUUUUUACAAGAGGAGGGUUUGCUGACGGGCGAGGAAGAGGUCAUAGAAAUUCUGAGUGAUACAGAGAACGAGAGCAGUGUGUGGCAUGAGAAAGAGGAGGAAGAGCUGUGAAUGCCUAGCUGCCCAAAGACGUUGGAGACGGAUUUGAUGUGAUGCCCAAAAGCUUUUUGUCCCUAUCUCCAAAAUCUCCACUGUCCUAGACCAUUUUAUUUAUACGCUAUGAGUUUUGUUUUACGCCUUUACUUGUUUUAAUUUUUGUAAGAGAGAGACUGCAACAGAACUUGGUGUGCUUUACUUAAUGGAACCGUAAUGAUUAAUGUUAAACAAAUUACACUAAUAGCCGCGCAGAAAAAGGCGUGAAUACACUCCCUCAAAAAGCAUUGUCAGAUACUUUCCAUUAAAAAAAAAAAAAAACUGAAUAUCCCACUUCAUACAAAUAUGUAUGAUUAUUGUAUCGAACUUUUUAUAAAUGCUUAUAACUAUAAACGGAUCUAUCGAUUUCUACAAAAGUUAACCCGUGUAUGUAUAGAAUAGAACGGACAGAGGCAGUCAUUGAAAAUAUCACCACUAUAAAACAGUAACAACAAAAACCACCAAAACUAAAUUAAUGUGUAUUAAACUAUGUAUGUACGUAGUGAUUUAGUUAAAUAUUUACAGAAAAAAUGUGAACAGUUACUUUUCCAAUUGAAAUAAAACGCGAGAUACAUUUUGUUUCCCCCAAAAGUAUGCUUUCAAUUGUGGGCGUCUCAGUUCACAUCAAAAAACAUUCGCAUGGUCUAACGAAAACGAAAGAUAAUAUACACUUUUAUCACA